UGUGGCUAUGAGAUGCUGAUCAAUCCAAGACUUUCCUCAAAGCUUAAAACAGGUGAAAAUCAAUGGAGGACUCUUCAUCAACAUCACCAAAAACAGGAGAAAUUAGAAGACAGAGUCGAAAACAACCUCCAAUGAUGUCAUCCUCCAGUGAUCCAAUGACUGAAGAACUUCUGUGUUCAAUCUGUCUGGAUGUGUUCAGUGAUCCAGUCAGCACUCCAUGUGGACACAACUUCUGUAAGAUCUGUCUGAACACACACUGGGACAACAGUCAAGACUACAGAUGUCCAAACUGUAAUGAAACAUUCAACCAGAGACCUGAUCUCAAGAUUAAUACAACACUCAGAGAAUUUGUGGAUGAACAUAAAAAGAAUGAAAAUUUCUGUGAUUUCUGUGACGAAGUUAAUAAGAAGGCUGUGAAGUCGUGUCUGGUGUGUCAGAGCUCUUACUGUGAAACUCACCUGGAGUCUCAUUUGAGAGUGUCAGGAUUACAGAAACACAAACUGAUUGAUCCUGUGAAGAAUCUGCAGGAUUAUAUAUGUCAGAAACAUGACAGACCUCUGGAGCUCUUCUGUAGAGAUGAUCACACAUGUGUGUGUCUGUCCUGCACUGUGACGGAUCACAAGAACCACAAGUUUGUUUCUAUGUUGAAGACACAGACAGACGUGCAGCAGAUGAUUCAAGACAGAAUCAAGAAGACUGAAGAUAUCAAACAUUCAGCAGAACUCAGAAGAAGAAACACAGAGAAGGAGAAAGCAGCCAGUGUUGUGGUCUUCAGUGAUCUCAUGAGCUCCAUUGAGAGAUGUCAGUCUGAACUGCUGGAGAUGAUGGAGGAGAAGCAGAAAGCAGCAGAGAAACAUGAUGAAGAUGUCAUUAAAGAUCUGGAGCAGGAGAUCACUGAACUGAAGAAGAGAAACAUUGAGCUGGAGCAGAUCUCACACACUGAACAUCAUCUCCAACUCAUACAGAUUCACUCAUCCAUGUCCAUCCCUUUAAACACUAAGAACUGGUCUGAGAUCAGUAUGAAGAGUUAUGUGAGUGUGGAGAAGAUGAGAACUCUGACGCAACUGCAAGAGAAUUUACAGGAGAAACUCAGUAAAGCUGUGUUGAAGUGCAUGCAGCAGUAUGCAGUGGAUGUGACUCUGGAUCCUGAUACAGCUCAUCCUAAUCUCAUUCUGUCUGAUGAUGAGAAACAAGUGAAACAUGGAGACAUUAGGCAUAAACUCCCAGACAACCCAAAGAGAUUUGAUAAAUGUGCCUGUGUCCUGGGAAAGGAGGGAUUCUCAUCUGGGAGAUUUUAUUAUGAGGUUCAGGUGAAGGGAAAGACUGACUGGACUUUAGGAGUGGUCAGAGAAUCUGUUGACAGGAAGGGACAGAUCACACUGACAUUAGAUGGUGGAUUCUGGACUGUGUGGUUGAGGAAUGAGAAUGAAUAUGAAGCUCUUGGUGAUCCCUCUGUGUCUCUGUCUCUGAGUGUAAAGCCACAGAAGGUGGGUGUGUUUGUGGAUUAUGAGGAGGGUUUGGUCUCCUUUUAUGAUGUGGAGAACAGAUCUCAUAUCUACACUUACACUGAUCAAUCUUUCACUGAGAAACUCUAUCCAUAUUUUAGCCCAUGUGUUAAUAAUAAAGGUAAAAACUCAGAGCCGUUGAUCAUCACACAUGUCAAU